CUGGCCGGGCCCCGGACCAGCAGCGGGGUCUAAGGUCGAGGCGUUAGAUCUCGGGGCGCUCUCGCUUGGCUGAGGGGGCGAUGCUGUGGAUGCUGGCCAGGGCGGUGGCUUUUCGGAGACCCUGGCAAGCACGGGCCCACGGGAGGGGGCUGUGGACCGGCCGCCCGCAGUCAGGUACUGACAAUAGGAAGCCCCUGGAAGGUGUGAGAAUUCUGGAUCUAACAAGAGUACUGGCAGGACCAUUUGCAACGAUGAAUUUAGGAGAUCUUGGAGCAGAGGUUAUAAAAGUGGAAAGACCGGGAGCUGGUGAUGACACACGAACUUGGGGACCUCCUUUUGUGAACACAGAAAGUACAUAUUUUCUUAGUGUUAAUCGAAAUAAAAAAAGUAUAGCUGUUAAUAUCAAGGAUCCAAGAGGGGCAAGAAUUGUCAAAGAGCUUGCAGCCACUUGUGAUGUCUUUGUGGAAAACUAUGUGCCUGGCAAGCUUUCUGAGAUGGGCCUAGGAUAUGAGGAUAUAGACAAGAUUGCUCCUCACAUCAUCUACUGUUCCAUCACAGGAUAUGGCCAGACAGGGCCCAUGUCUCAGAGAGCAGGUUAUGAUGCUGUCGCCUCUGCUAUGUCUGGUCUAAUGCACAUCACAGGGCCUGAGGAUGGAGAUCCUGUUCGCCCAGGUGUGGCCAUGACUGACCUUGCCACUGGCCUGUUUGCCUAUGGAGCCAUUAUGGCUGGCCUCAUACAACGUUACAGAACUGGAAAAGGACUGUUCAUUGAUUGUAACCUACUGUCAUCUCAGGUGGCAUGUUUGACCCAAGUAGCUGCUAAUUAUCUUAUUGGCCAAAAGGAAGCAAAGCGCUGGGGCACAGCUCAUGGCAGUAUUGUUCCUUAUCAGGCUUUUAAAACCAAGGACGGCUAUCUUGUAGUUGGAGCAGGAAAUAACCAACAGUUUGCUGUUGUAUGCAAGAUCUUGAAUUUGCCUGAAUUGAUUGAUGAUUCCAAGUAUAGAACGAACCAUCUUCGGGUACAAAAUAGAAAAGAACUUGUGAAAAUCCUGUCUUCACGGUUUGCAGAAGAAGUGACAGCCAAGUGGCUUUGUCUCUUUGAAGGAAGUGGGAUCCCAUAUGGCCCAAUCAACAGUAUGAAGGAUGUGUUUUCAGAUGCCCAGGAUUGAAAGGAGAGCAGAGAUUUUCCUCCUUGGAGCCAGAUCAUGCACAUGGCAUGCUGUCUGCUGAUCCACAGAUACCGAAGCCACUGGUAUCUGCAAAGAAUCCAAACCAGCAGAGCCCUAAUUCUCCCCAGAAGGCAGCAUAACUUUUUAUCAUGAGCAUGGGAUCAGAAUCAUCACGUUAAUUUUAUCCACACUUUAAUGGAGCCAAACUCCGAGAGCCUGCAAUGUCCACUCAUCUGCUCCAUGAUGGCAAUGGCUUUAUUAGCUGCAAGAACAACUCAUAAAGCACGAUUUACUGCAAGGUGGGGACAACAGUAGGGCAGAUAAAGUUCCAGAACGAAACGAAGAACAGAGAGCCUGCGGCACCAACACCAGCUUUAUUCUAAGUCCUUGCGAAAACCUGCUGUCACUCUUAGCCUUCACACAGAUGUGAGCUGGGAUGAACUCAGUAAAUCCAACGGCGGCGAAACAAUUGUAACAAGAGCAGCAUGUUCCUGAGAUGUUUUGGGGGUACAGGAAAAGACGGUGGCUUUCAGAUAUUCACACAUUGGGCUCGGUAUUAGGAAACCAAUCCGAUUAAAGAAGCAAGAACAUUUCCAUUGGGACAAUGUGUGUGUGUGGGGGGGGGAGUUGUGGGUCUGUGUGUCAUCCCUGAUGUCCUAUGUCUUUACUCCCUGCCCCCAUAAGGGAUCUAGAAAGCAGAAAUGUUCUGUAUGUGCCUGGAGGAUCACUAAGACUUAUGGAUUAGACUAAGGGAGGCCCCACCAGCUGACUGAGUCUUCACAGUCGUAGCAUCUUAGUCUUUGGCCUAAGAUAAAAGAUGUUUCAAGUGUCUCCGGCACAUAGGAGCUAUGUUAAUUUAGACAAGGUAAUUUUCCUUGCAGAGCUCACUUUCUUCAUUUGUAAAAUGAAACCGAGGACUAGCAGGCCACUUGUGUACCAACUUGCAUCCAUUUACUUAAUUCUGAAACAGCAUAUUGGUGAUAUUACUAUCUCUGUUUACUAGAUGAGGAGGCGGAGGGCCAGAGAGGGUAAGCACAUUUCCUAAAGUCAUAUGUAUAGUAUCAGGGCUGAGAUUUGGAACCAGAUCUUUAGGCUCCCUCUUUGGCUUUCCUAUUGUACUGCCUCUGCAAUUAGUUUGAUAUACAUCGACAGAUAUAAUAUGGAAUAAAAGCUGAACAGUGAAGAAAUCUGGGCAUUAAUUUGAAACUAAUAGCAUACUAUUUCAUAUUAGAAUUUGAACACCUGGUCUAAUGUCACUGAAAUAUUAACUGAUGUAUCCCCCUCACCCCCAGCUUACAGAAGGGCAGUUAAAAUAAUUACUGUUUUCACGACCUGCGUGAGUUUUAGGGAAAGAUGCUCCUUGAGAGCACUGUUUCCAGACGGUUUCAUUCCAGCCUCACAAAAGCUUUCCUGAUCUCCCAAACACCUUGUCCUGCCAUGUCCUCACCAUUCAUUUGACAGCGUUUCUUCCACUUAAACAAAUGAAACACGCCAGUGCCCACCAUAAAAACUAACAUGAGUGUAGAUAUUUAGUGGAAUGAAUUUGCACAUGAGUUCAAGUCCAUUCUGCUCUAUCAACUACUAUCAUUCAAAGGGAUCUCCAGGGGUUGCAAAACUUAAAUUGUUGU